CUAUCAGAAGCAAUCAGCUGAUGACCUGAUUGCCACAGUGCGGCUAUGUCAGCCCUCCAUCAUGCAAAAGUACGGCUUGCAUUCAUACUUUCGGACCCUAUUUCAUCCUAUUUUCGCUGACCGCACUCUUAUUCUUCCCCGUGACUAGGCAACAGAUGACAAUGAUGUCGAAUCGCGGAAUUCUGUCAUGAACGUCGACUACCUCUCGCAUAACUGGGAGGAAGAAGCUGAUGUCUGGGCGAGCUGGAGAUAUACAACGAAGAACAAGAACGAUAUUGCUCACGGUGUCCGGUUAGAAAAUGCCAGCUGGAGAACAUGGUGGAAGCAGCGAAACCGACUCAAGACAGUUAGCCCAGAAACACUUAAUUGGUAAGCCAUCUCAUGAUCCCACAUUAGAAUGAAGAUCGAUCUCUUCACCUAUCGUUAUCUCUCGUCGGCAAUUAUCAGGCUCAAAGAUAGCGAUGUGACUUGGCUGUAUGGCCCGUUGCACACAGCAGCAGAUCCGGUCCCAACGCCGAAACAAGCCACAACGGUGGAUAGGCUCGGU